UCUCUACAAAUAGGUUUUUGAAGGGUCGCGCCAUAAAAAAUGUUGGAUGAGCUUGAAAUGUUGGCCACCAGGUGGCUGGUUUUGUUUACUUGGUCCUGUCGUCUGUGUUCUUGCAUGGUUUCUGUUUUUAAAAAUUGUUAUUCUUAUCUGUUUCUAGGAAUAUGGAAACAAUUAGUAAGGGAUUUGGAAUGUGGUUGUGAAUUUGAAUAAAAGUGUUGGGAUUGAAAAAUAAGUGCUGAGGACCGCAAGGAUAAACCGAGACUGCCAGAUUUUGACUUGUUUGCAAACCAGAAGCAAAUUCUUCCGACCCGAGGACCAAUCGGGUAGCCCCAGUUUGACAGAUGUUCCAAUUGUUCCGUGUUCCAACGCAGAAGGAGGAGGAGCUUCUGGUAGUAAACACAAUCUUCCUUGUGUUAUACGAAAUAAUGGCGGGAAUAUGUUUUACAUCUGCCCUUCCGAUUGGUUUAAAAUGGUCUCACUGUGUUCACCAUCAAUCCGAUCCUGGAACCGCGUUCACUUACUCUACAUCUCAACAUGUCUGGCCGUGGCAAAGGAGGCAAAGUCAAGGGAAAGUCAAAGACCCGUUCCAGCAGGGCCGGACUUCAAUUCCCCGUCGGUCGUAUCCACCGAAUGCUCCGCAAAGGAUCGUACGCUGAACGCGUCGGUGCCGGUGCGCCCGUCUACUUGGCUGCCGUCAUGGAGUACUUGGCCGCUGAGGUCCUCGAGUUGGCCGGUAACGCCGCCCGUGACAACAAGAAGACCCGCAUCAUCCCUCGUCACUUGCAAUUGGCCAUCCGCAACGACGAAGAGUUGAACAAACUUCUCUCCGGGGUCACCAUCGCUCAGGGUGGUGUCUUGCCCAACAUCCAGGCCGUUCUCUUGCCCAAGAAGACCGACAAACCCGCCAAGGCUUAAACUUCUCCCGUCCUUAAAUAAACGGCCCUUUUCAGGGCCACCAAUUUAUUUUGAAAAAAGAAUUUGCUUAGUGCUACAUUUCGUACAUUUCAAUUAGGUUUUGGCAAUGAUUACUUGCGCAAAUUUUCUGAUUUAUCGCAAGGUGGCACUCUUGAAUUGUUUUGAUUCAACUUAAUUCGUCUGCUGGUAUUUCGUUUGUCCAACUGUGAGAGAAAAACAUUUCUUAUGAUAUUUCGAUGAAAUGGAUGUAUUUUACAUGUUAUUUUCGUAUAAAUUCAUUUUUUUCUUUUCUG